CACCAUGUCCUCGAAUGAUCCUUCCGUCCGUCGCAUUCUGCCUCAGGACGCACAAAGCGCCCAGAAUGUGGGAAUGAACAGCUACAGCUUUGCGCCUCAGCAAUACCCUCAGAGGGAGACUCAGAAAAACUAUGUGUUCGUUGAUGAGCACAAUCGCCACAAGCGGCUCAAAGUGAUGCGAGCCUGCGAAGGCUGUCGCAGACGGAAGAUCAAAUGCGAUGCAGCUACCACUAACACCUGGCCUUGCUCUGCUUGCAUUCGCCUCAAGCUUCACUGCGUCCGGCCGAACGGAUACGACGGCGCAACUGAUUCGACGACGUAUGAGACUUUUGUUCCGCCGACCAACCAGUUUCAGCAGAUGGCAAUGCCUUCCCACCAGCAAGGACAAGCUCCCCUUAAAUCCGAAACCGAUGUCUAUGCGCCGCAGGGCGGUUAUCAAGACGGAACUUCAGCUUCUUUCCAGACCAUAUAUGAUGCCUCACAGCCUCAACACAGCCUCAACUACACCACGGUUCCCCCGCAAAUGUCUCUGGUCGAUCAACAGAUAGCUCCCCAAGAUGCCUUUCCAACGCCGCCCAUGCAACAGCCGUCGCAGCAGGGCUCCUCACCAGGCGCCUAUUCAGCCGACUCUUAUCAGCAACAGGAUCUGGCGGACCUUUUGGGUGGCCUCAAGAUGAAUGAGAUUGGAACGGCGCCGUAUCUGAGGAAUAAGGCAUCUUUUAGGCGCGAAGAACCCGCCGUGGAAGAUGAAGAUGAAGAAUUCAAUCUACCCCCCAUCUCGAUUGGCGCAGGGCAUAGGAUUCGUAUCCCCCCUGAAUUAAUGCCAGACGAAGGAACCGCGAUUCAUUAUUUCGAUCUUUACUUUACACAUGUCCAUCCAUAUGUGCCCGUUCUCGACCGGUCAAUGUUUUACCGCCAAUGGGCUACCGCAAGAGAUUCCAUUUCCCCGUUGAUUCUAGAAGCUCUGUUCGCCAUUGGAGGUCGGCUUGCCGACGAGCCGGCGCAAGGUCAGCAAUGGCUGGCGCUGGCUUCAAGACAUGCCGAUGCGUUUAUGGAUGUCCCUCGACUAAGCACUCUUCAGGCGCUGCUGAUGAUCCUCAAGGCUCGGGAAGCCGCACCGAAACGAGGCUACUACUACCGCUCAUGGAUGACCGUUGUCCAAUGUGUCCAGAUGGCCAAAGACCUUUCGCUAGAAGAGCAUUACGAGGAGCACCAAGCCGGCCGACAUUGCGGAUUUAGCCCUGCCGAAUGUCAGUUGCGCACACGGAUUUGGCAGACAGUCUUUGUUUGCGAAGUCAUGGUGGGCACUCCACAAGAUUUCAACGUGCCAAAGCCCAUUCCGGGCGGAGACGAUGCCGAAUAUCACAUCUCGCGCAACUUCACCUAUUUUGCUCGCAACGUCCGAAACAUUGCCAGGAUAACCAGCAUUUACGUUCGUCUGAAGAAGAAGAAGGACUGGGGACUCGAUCCAGAGUUUCAACAAAUGGACCACGCCUUCAACUCGUUCCUGGCGGAGCUUCCAUCUGAUCUUAGCGUCACUUUCCCACCCGACGGUUCGGCGCCGUGGCUGCCUUCGCCGUUCCUCGGCAAUCUUCACUCAUACUACUAUCUGACUCUGAUAUUGUUCCACCGGCCCCAGUUGUCGUUCUUCGAUCCGACAACGCAAGAGGCUCAAUGGAAGCAUCACAUGAUGAUUUGCUACAAUGCCGCCCGUGCUCUCUGCCGACUGCAAGAAGCUGUCCUCAAUUCGUUUGGAACCAUGGGGCUACAGUGCAUGCAGCGCGGCUUCAGUUUCACUGUCUACGCCGGGCUCUCGUGCAUUGUGCUUCAUCUAGUAGCAAUCGUGUCCCCGGAUCCCGAUCUCCAUACCGAUGCGCGGCAGUUCUUCACUCGCCACAUGAGGAUCAUGGAAAAAGUGAUGGAAGCGUGGCCAAUGCCAGAACUACAGAGACAGAUCGACGCCGUCAGGGAGGCUUUCUCAGCUGACGUUAGGAAGCCCUUUGCACUGAAGCCAUCUUUCCCGUACGGAAGCCCUCAUCCAUCGCAAAGUGCCAGCCCUCCCGGAUUCCGUGGUGUCCAGCGCGCUGGUUCCAUGGAGCAGGCACUGGAUUCGAGCGGCGGUCAAACAGUCAGUUACCUAAGCCACCCCAUAUCACCUCCAAUCUCCAAUGGCCCUCUGGACAGCAAGAGUGACUCCCCAUCUGCACAGUCGCUCGUCAUGAUGCCACAGGCUGUCGGGCCCGGCAUCUCACCGAACAUGGCUCUACCGGAGCAGCCAGCAUGGAACCCGGCAAAGAUAUUUGAACAAUGGAACACCACAUUUGGUACGCCCGCCCAAUCCGAUCCCAAUCCCGUGUCUCCGGCCAGUUCGCUCAACAUGUCCUCGUCCUCAGGUGCACCCGAGGUCCCUACCAUUGAUGACGUUCAUGCUGUAAACUCCUCGUUGUCGGCGGGCUCACAACACAGCAUUCCGCCACAUCAAUACGCGGCUGCGCCUGUGCCGACUUUUAUCACGCCCGCGAUGUGGCAGCAGUCUGUAGCCAGUGUUUACGAAGGUGGCCUCAAGCGCUCCUGGGAUUAUGACGGCACCACGCCGGCAAUGAAACGCCGCUAG